CUAUACGAGUGCGGCGGUGGAGCUGCCCCCCUGGGAGGUGGUGCUCCACAGGGACCUUCUCGCCUCUGCUGCGCGCCUGCCCGCCUGCAAGCCGCCUGUCGUUGUCACGCUGCGCCCGCACCACUGCCCUGCUACUGCCACUGCUGCUGGCGCUGCUGCUGGAUCUGCCCCUGGCAGUGGCAGUAGCCGUGCUUAUAGUGAGUGCUGUAGGCGUCUCAUGGGUAGCGAUGCUGCAGGCAGCAUCACUACCUGCAGCAGUACAACUGGAGGGGCCAAGGCAGGUGCUGCUGUUGCUGCUCUCGGAACUGACACUGGGGUUGUUGAUAGGGCACCAGGGAGUGGUGACAGUUUCAGUGGCACGGGUGGUGUGACUGGAAGGGUUGCUGCCAGUGGCAGUGCGGGGUUGAACGGCGAUGGUGGCGUUAACGAUGGCGGGCUGUUCUUCUCAUGGCAGGGAUUUGCUGCGCCUGGGGCUUCAGUUAGUGGGGUGGCAGUGAGUGGGCCGCCAAUGAGUGGGGCAACAGUAAGUCGGGCGGCAGUGGGUGGAGCGGCGUUCAUGCCUGGGUCAGGGUCGAAGCAGCAGGUGCAGGGGGGAGUGGCAGCAGUACGAGGCGAUACAGCAGGUCUGGCAGGACCAGUUUGUCCGGGUGUGGAAGCAGGCGGUAGGGAGGUCGGAGAGAAGGAAGCAGGUAAGGCGAGGGAGGGGGUGAUGCGUGGAGAGGGAUGUGCAGCGGACGCGGCCGGGGAUAGUUGUGGACCAGCAUCAGUGAGAUCGCCCAGACGAGACUCGUCAGCAGCAGCAGGAGCAGGAGGAGAGUCAGGUCUGUCGUCAGCCGCCGCAUUAGCUGCUGCUGCAGCAGCAGCAGCAGCAGAGGGGUCAGGUGGAGAAGCAGCGCAGUGUGGAGCAUCGCUGGUGCAUGUGGACGUGCGGUUUGCGUGCAACCUGCACGUGUGCUACCCUCUGCUGCUCACUGCGCUGUCACAAGCAGUGCAGGGGGUUGGGGUUGAGCCUUCGCCCAGCUUGCAACCAGACUGGCUGAGCGAGGGGAACAAGGGAAUGGGCGGAAAUCAGGGGGCCGAGCUACAGCAGCAGCAGCAGCAGCAGCAGCAGCAGGGCGGUGCAUCAGUGAAGUCUCCAGUGUGCAUGUGCAUGCCUCUGCUCACAUGGACCGCACGCCCUGCAGGCUGCACCCUUGGCAUGACGUCCCUGCUACUCCCAACGGGACCCGCGUGGCAGGACACACUCUCAGCUGCUAUCGCUGCUGCUGCUGCCGCUGCUGCAGAAGCUGCCUCUGCACAAGCCACAGCAAGGCUGGCAGAAGCUGGUGCAGCCCCAGGCACACGAGGAGGAGAGGGAGGAGGAAGGGGAGCAGAAAUGGACGGGGCGGAUGUGGGAGAGGCAGCAACUGGUGGCGCCAGCACCACCAGACGUGGCAGGCAUGGCAGGAGCGGCAGCAGCAGCAGCAGGGGCGGCAGCGGCGGCGGCGGCAGUGGAAGCAGCAGCCUACGGCUGGGAGUGGGCAUGGGAGGGAUGCGUGGCUCUGCGUCCGCGCUCUCGCUCUCUUCCCUCUGGCGCUGGUCAGGGCAGCAAGGGAGCGGCAGGAGGGGCAGCAGCGGGAUUUGGUCGCCUCAAGGGGCGUAUGGGACUCAGGGGGACGGCAGCACAGGCAGCACUUGCAGCGGGGGGAGUGCGCAGGGUGGGUUCAGCUGGGGGAGAGGGGGGUUCUCAGUGUGGGAGGAGGAGGAGGUGGGCGUUGACCGGAGAGAAGGGGGAGGAAGUGCAUUGGAAUCACAGAAAGAGGAUACGCCUGAGCUGCUAGCGCCGUCAAUAACCACCCCAGUGGGUGACGGGGGAGUGGAUAGUAGACAGGGCCGUGUGGGCGAGGGAGGUGUAGUGGCAGCAGGAGCUGCAGUGGGCGGAGGGCGUGGGU